AUGCAUGAAAGCAGGGACGUAGGCUCCAAACCCACAGCUCGAGCAAUCAAAGCGUGCGGCAGACAGGAGCGCGCCAGCCUCCGCCGCAUCCAGCCGGCCCGAAGGGAUGAGAAAAGCUCUCGGAGCCCGCGGGAUGCGGAUGAAGAGGCGAAGGCAAUACCACCCCCUGCCCCCCCAACCUGUGCUGCCCCCUGCCAACACAGCCAGCUCCGCUUGGAUAUGAGCACGGGCAGCCCUGGAGACCUUUGCCGGCUGCUUUUCCCUCCCCUGAGAGGUUUUGCUCUCCGCAAGAGCAUCCCCAGUGCCACCGGAGCAAUCCGGCAGCGAGAGCUGGCGUUUGUGCAGCAGGAGCUGCCAGCCCGCACCAAUGGCUCGGCACCCACCACCCCAGCGCUUGCCCGCGACAGCCUCCACACCAAGAUGGAGCAGCUGGAGGAGCAGCUCCUGUCCAAGAUCCUGACCCUGCAGAAAGAGCGCCAGGCCGCCAGCACUGACCGCAGCCAGCAGCAGCACAACAUCGAGAAGGAGCUGAACUCCCUCCAGAACCGGGUGACAGAGCUGGAGCAUGGACCGCCAGGCUACAGCCCUCCCGAUGCCUUCAAGGUGACCAUCCCAGUGCAGAACAACUACAUGUACGCCCGCAUGAAGAAGAGCCUGCCGGAGCUCUAUGCCUUCACCAUCUGCAUGUGGCUGAAGUCCAAGGCCCUGGCGGGACUCGGCACCCCUUUCUCCUACUCCGUCCCAAGCCAAGCCAACGAGAUCGUGCUACUGGAAUGGGGCACCAACCCCCUGGAACUGCUCAUCAAUGACAAGGUCGCCCAGCUGCCGCUGAGCCUGAAGGACAAGGCCUGGCACCACGUCUGCGUGGCAUGGACCACCCGGGAUGGCAAGUGGUCGGCGUACCAGGACGGUGAGCAGCGGGGCGCCGGUGAGAACCUGGCCUCCUGGCAUGCCAUCAAGCCCCAGGGCGUCAUCAUCCUGGGCCAGGAGCAGGACACACUGGGCGGCCGCUUUGACGCCACACAGGCCUUCGUGGGAGAGCUGGCGCAGUUCGGCGUGUGGGACCACAUGCUGGCGCCAGCAGAGAUCCUGGGCUUGGCCAACUGCACCUCCCACCUCCAAGGAAACGUGAUCCAGUGGGAUGACCAGGCGGUGGAGGUCUUUGGGGGUGCCAGCAAGGGGGGCUUCACUGCCUGCGAGGAAGGGAGGAAGGCGUGA